GUUAGUUAAUAGCCAAUAGAAAGCUUACCACCUGGAUUCCACCACUGAAGCAGAUAAGUAGAUGCGUAGACUACGGCAGAUAGUAUUUCCUUGAUUCUGAAGAUUGGUCAUAGGUUUCCUAGCGUUGUUAUUCUUCUAAGCAGCUGUAAAAAGCUACUUUAGUUUUAGUUUCAUCAUCAUAGCAAUAUGACUGGUUUUAUGACUUACAAUGGGUAUAUUUUAAAUCACAAAGAUUUGUUAAGCUGAAUGUUGGGCUUGUUUCUCCUCAUUAGCAAUUUGGUUAAUCUAUCAAGUGUUGCCAUUAGUUGAAACAUUACCAAUUAAAGAUGUACAGCAAAAUUCGUAUCUGGGAUAAAGUUGGUUGGAGAAUGAAUGCAGUUGCUGUGCUUGUUUGGUAUGCCAAUGUUUGCACUCCAGUAACUUCUAUGACACUACCUGAUACAACUGCCAUUCCAUCUGAUGAAUUAAUUACUGAAAAACCUAUGACAAAACGUACUAAAAGUUAUCCAGACAAUGUUGGCACAGGUCAUAGUAAUGAUGUCAAUGACAUUUUUAAAUGGAUCAUUGUUAUAUUCUCCGUUGUCCUCAUACUACUCACAAUCUCAUGUGCUCUGUUCCGAUGGCUAUCGAAUCAAGAGACACUAUUCCGUUCAUAUGGCUCAGAAUACACAUUCUUUCCUCCUCAGCGGUGGAAAACAAUGACACCACCACCUUCUUAUAGUGAGUUGUUUCCUGUACAGUUUACACACCCAGACGCUAAUAAUGGCACUGCUUUAGGGCGACUUUCCAUUCAACCUGCACCCCAGUUGCCUAUUUCUUCUACAGUUCUGGUGUGCAAUUCAGAUGAGUCCAGUUCGUCAUCUGCUCCAGUGACAACAACUACAUCUACAUCAACGCCUGUGAUUACAAACCCCACUUUGACAACAUGGGACCAGAAAACAGAGAAAUGUAGCACAACCAUUUUUCCUGCAAUGAAGAAAGAUGCCCUUUCUCUUUCCGUUGAGAACAAUGCCCUUCCGUCCUAUGAAGAAGCCCUAAGAAUGCUAAGUUGCGAGUCAGUUUGAGAGAAAUUUGGUUUGAAUUGGUAAAAAAGAAAAUUUUUUUCAGAAGAAAAUGCAUUUUGUAUGCUACUUAUCUUCAUAUUGCUUUUUUUUUUUUUACAAUUUAUCUUAAUCGUUCUCUUAUUUCAAUUUUUUUUUAGUUGAAAAUAAUUUUUUUUGUCUUAUUUAUUUUCCAAAAUUAUUUAGUCUUUAUUUCAAGAUGUAUUUUUCUAGGGCUUGCUUUUUUUUUGCUAUUUUCCCCUUUUCUAUCUCUGUUUAUGUUACAAUUUUAAAAGUUAAGACAGAAUACUAUAAAUGGGAAAAUUUUUAUCAUUCCAUUGACUUGGAAAUUUUUUUUUUUUGAAUGAUUCUGAAAGUCAAAAACUGACCAGAUUUAUUCUUCUAAUACUGAAUGCCAAAUACCAUUUUACCAUGCACCUUAACUUUAAUUUUUUGUUAUUUUGUGUGUCUACUUGAUAUUUAUUUAAAUUUCAAAUAGUCAUCAUCAGCAUGGUUUGGUCUUAUGAAGUAAAAAUUAAUUGAAGUUUAUUACAGGAAUCUUAUUUGGAAUAAUAAUUAAUGGUACCCUGAAUAGUAAGAAGGAAUAUAUAUGUACAAUGAAUACGAGCAAAAGGGUUAAAAAAAAUUUCUGACGUGCAUAAUUCUUAAGUGAUAGCUUUCUAAUUAAGAAAGAAUUAUGUCUUGUCAAAUGCAAACAUCAUUAUAUUUGCAACCCUUCCUUACUAAAAUUUUGCACCCCCUCCCUCUGUCUAAAAUACAGUUUUGCUUCUAAGACUAAUCAGCAUGAUCAUUCCCCACUUUUUUUUUAAUGAUGCAAAUCCUUGUUGUGCAUGUUAUGACGACUUUUAAUUAAAUGAAUAAUAGGAGACUCUUGUAUCAAGGGUCCAUAUUAUGUCUCAGUUGUGUUUCAGGAAUAAAAGACUGGAAAUAACAUAAGUGUAUAGCAUGAUGAUAAAUUCGCUGAAUUGUGGAACAAAUUUUUGUUGCUAUUUCAGUCACUGUUACCUACAGCAGUCACAUCCUUGAGAAAUACAUCAAUUCCACAUCACCCCAUUUCUUGGCCUGAUAACUCUGGAGGUUCUUUACUGUUGGGAACUUGUAAUCUAUUUCAGGGAGAUAUGGGAGCUAAUAUCUGUUUUGGUAAUCUACAAUAACUAUAAAAGAUGCAUAUUAAAAAUCUAAUUUUGUGGAACAUUGCUCCCAAAUAUAUUAGAAAAGAAAUUAUUAUAUCAUGGCUACGCUGCUGUUUUUUAUAUUUGCUCUUUCUUUUUUUGAGAAAAUUGCCAAAAAUUAAAAAUUUAUCUAAUAUACCCAUUCCCUUCAGCUGGAAUGACAAUAUAGUUUUAUUUGCUAUAGUGGAAAUUUCCAUUCAUACAUCCAUCUUUACAGCUUGCCAUUCCUGUGAGGGUCAUGGAGACGAAAUCUUUGGACAUGAUCUCUAGUAAGGCCUAUCAAAAACAGCUUUCUGCAAAUAUUUUGGUUGGAUCCCCAAGGGAGAAAUCAAAGCUAUGGAUAUUAUCCAACUGCCUUGUGGUUUACACUUUGGUCUCCUGCUAGUUGGCCUUGCCUUUCCUGUACUGGAGAUGCAACUUCUCAGUGUGGAGUAAGUGACUCAGGUGGAGCAGCUCACUGAUCUCUGAGUUAUGUAACCUAUUGAUUCUUUGGAGGAACUCUAUUGUGGUUGUUUGUAUUUGUGAUUAUAUUCUUUUGGUCAUAACUAUAGGUAAGAUUAGGUCCCUAAAUUGAAUUGAAAAUGAUAGUGAGGUUGGUAGAACAGUGUGAUUAUAUAAUUAUUGUAAUUGUUGUCAGGUCUAAGAAGGAAGAAAAACAUUUUAUCGCUGCCAGUUGAUUACAUUUUGUUAUAAUCUAUCAGAUCUCUAACAAGCAGACACUAUUCAAUUGAUAGAACUUUCUAUGAUAGUUCAUAAUAUUAUUUCUAUUGUUUUAAUGCUAAAGACAGAAUAUCAAUUUAGGCAGAAAUUUCUUGUUUUGAGCUGCAAAUCAUCAACCAAGUCUAUAGUUCUUUUUUACCUUUCCUAGAUUGGUAGUCAAUUAUGUUCUGCUGAGGGACUGUGCAGAAUCCAAAACACGUAACAUUUGGUGGUCCAGGCCACCUAACUGUGAAUAGGUGUCUUGCAAAUACAUGCAGCUUAUAGCAGUAAGUAGCUGAAGUACUGUAUACUUAACAAGGAACCUCAUGAGUGAUUGAUGCAGUGGCCAUCACUGACUGUUCUUAGUGGCAACUCUUUUGUUAACCUUUGCAUGAAGUAAGGGAAAUUCAAAUGUAGGAUUUUUUUUUUUAGUCUAUUAUAUUUAUAUAACAGUUAAACCAAAUACUGUUAGAUUGAAAACCUCUGUGACAAAACUGCCAAGUAAGUGUGCAUAAAUUUUAAAAAAAAACUAAUUAGAAGAAAAAACAAAAUGGUAAGAGAACAAAUCAAAGGGAAUUCAUCCACUCCCAACAUAUUCUUGGAAUACCUUGUAGGUGUUUACAAUAUCCCCUCUAACUAAAUCCUCCCCUACUUGAUAUUUAUUUCUUCUAUUAUCAUUAAUUUCUUACACUAUGUUGACUCCUCUAAAUUCUCAUUCUCUCUCAAUAGAUUAUUUUUUGAUAUUUUUUUUCAUAUUGAGUGUUUCCCAGAUUUUUCUAAGACUACUUCGUUGAUAAAACUCAUCACAUUUUCUUUUAAUUUCAUAUAUUUUUAUCAUCAACCAUAUUUAUUCUAGUAAGGUGGGUGUACUAGAUGAAAGUAAAAGCUGUUUUACAGUUAAAAAAUUUACCACUGCCUUAAUCAUAUAACUAUCAUUUGCUAUUGUUUAUAAUAACUUGUUAAGUUUUACAAUUUCAAUAAUUUCUUUCACUGUUUCUGUUCCUCAUUGAUAGUAUAGUUUUUUUUUUUCAACACAUUAAUUUCAACUGUAAAUAGUGCAUGCCUAGUGUGUGUUAUAUUUAUAUAUCAUGUUUCUUUUCUUCAUUGUUUUAAUGUCACUUUUCCAUGCUUGCAUGAGGCAGAUCUACAGCCAGAUACUUUUCCUGUUAUUAACCCUUUCCUAUUCCCUACAAAGUGUUUCUCCCAUGGUCAGACAUAUUUUCACAGAAUAUUGGAAAUGAAUAGCAUUCAUUUACAACAAUCACGUGAUGCCAAGGAGAUACACACAUGACAAGCUUCUUUCAGUUUCCAUAUCAGGACUGAACCUGAAACCAUGUGGUUGGGAAGCAAACUUCUCAACCACACACACUUGUGUCUAUAUGUCUGUGUGUACAUGUGUUUUAAAUUACUAAUGUUUCUAUUUAGUGCUCUGUUAGACAUAUUUGCAAGAAUUAGUUUUACUAGUCUUUGUUCAUGUGACAGAUUCAUAGGUCACCAGGCAUGUUAUCAUGGAUAUAUAUAUAUAUAUAUAUAUAUAUACAUACAUAUAUCAUUUCUUGCAUCUCUGAGUUAGUUUGAAGUGAUUGUGAUUACUUUCCUGUUCUUGUUCUGAAAGUGUUACCUCAUUUGAUUUAAAUGAGAGAUAUUAAUUUAAAUAUGUCUACUUGAGAGAGAGAGAGAGAGAAGAGAUCAUAUGUGAUAAAGUGCAUUGAAUUAUUUGAUCAAUACAAAUUAUGUCUGAAUGUCAAGUAUAUAAUAGAUGUUUCUUUUUAAUUUUUCAUAUAAGAAUAUCCACUAUUUUCCCUUUUAUUUUGAUAUGUAUAAAUAUGUAUACUAUUAACAGUGGUUAAUACAUUCUGUUUAUCUUUCUCACAAUGAGAAAAAAAAUUGCAUGUAUAUAUAUAAAGAAUUUCUUCUAAUCUUGGUAUUUGGAAUUAGACACCACAUUUAUGUCAAAGAACAAAAUAUUUUCCCAUUAUCUGUCUGUUUUGUUUUAGUUCUUGUAAUUUCCUUUUUCCAAAAAAAAAAAAAAAAAGCAAAUUUAACCAAAUGAACCAAAUAUUUUAUU